UAAGGGCAUAGGUCUGGGGCCGUACCUCGAUCAACAAGUGGUCCCUGCAGCCGGCCGGGUUUCUGAACGGUUCCAGACAAAACUUCUGAGCUGAUCUACGUGAAGAGAGGCCAACAUGUUGGAACUCCUGCCCUUCUCCCCUACCUGGUUAUUGGUAGGGCUGUGUGCGGUCCUGCUUUACCUGUUCUCGACGUGGCCGUAUUCCACCUUCAAAGACCUGGGCAUCCCUGGCCCCAAACCCGCGCCGCUGGUUGGAAACUACUUCUCAUACGGGCAGGGCGUAGGCAAGUUCGACCAGGAAUGUUACAAGAAGUUCAACAAAGUCUGGGGGAUUUUCGAAGGCCGACAGCCGAUCCUGUUAGUCGGUGACCUGGAACUUGUGAAGGACAUCACCGUGAAGGAGGCCAACACGUUCACCAACAGAAGGAUUUUCGAGGGCCAGGGAGAACUUCUCGGCAAUGGACUCACCAUCCUUAAGGACGCGGACUGGAAACGGGUCCGCAGUGCCAUCUCACCCACCUUCAGUUCCGGGAAACUUAAGCAGAUGGCCCUGGUCGUGGAGAAGUGUGCGGACAACUUUGUAGCCAACUUGGACGAGAACGCGAAAAAUGACGUCCAGUUUAACCUGAAAGAUCUGGCCGGUGCCUACACGAUGGAUGUGAUUUCAGGCACGGCGUUUGGAGUAGAUGUGGACUCUCUACACAACCCUGACCACCCGUUCGUCGCAAACGCCAAAAAGCUGUUCGAGUUCAAUCUAUUCAACCCUAUCAUCAUCAUUCUCUUUCUGUUCCCUAAGUUGGCGAACGUCAUGGAGAAACUCGGCUACUCCCUGUUUUCCAAAAAAGUGAUGACUUUCUUCAGCUCGGCGGUCGACAACGUGAUUGACAUGAGAAAAACCAACGAAGAGGAGGCCAAAAGGGUGGACUUCCUCCAGCUGAUGCUUAAGGCUCACAACAAAGAACUGGACGGGGAAGUGCCGAAGGACAUGGUCAAACACGGUGUUUCCAAGAAGGAGAUCAAGGGCAACGCCGUUCUGUUCUGGGUAGCUGGGUACGAGACGACGGCCAACACCAUCUCUCUCACAGCCUACAACCUGGCUGUCCACCCAGAGGUGCAAGACAAGGUUAUCGAGGAAGUGGACACCGUCAUUCAGAAGAGAGGCAAGCUGGACUACGAAGCUGUGAAUGAGAUGCACUACUUGGACAUGUGCGUCAGUGAGACCCUCAGGAUGUUCCCCGCUGCCCAGAGGUUUGAUCGUGUGUGUAAGGAGGAUACUGAGGUAAAAGGUCUGCACAUCCCAGCCGGAACCAUCGUCAACAUCCCCGUGUACCCCAUACACUAUGACGAGGACAUCUGGCCGGAACCGGAGAGGUUCAGGCCUGAGAGGUUCAGCAAGGAAGAGAAGGAGGCCCGUGACCCUUACGCCUACCUGCCGUUCGGCUCCGGACCCCGGAACUGUGUCGGCAUGCGGCUGGCCCUGCUCGAGCUGAAAUUUGCUCUGGCCAAAGCUCUGGAGAAGUUCCGCUUCGUCACCUCCGAUAAGACCGUGAUCCCCAUCCGCAUUAAGAACACUCUCGGAAACCAGAUAGAGGGCGGCGUGUGGCUGAAGGUGGAAGCCCGUUCUUAGGGAGAUGCCAGCAGUACUAGCCUCCUUUUCAGGCGUUUCGGGAUCGGUCUUUUUUUUAUUUGGGGGCGUAGAUUGCACGCAUUAGAAGCUCCGGCCACCAAACCUAGUUGUGUCAGGGAUGGCAUACUAGUGUUAGAGCUUCUAAUGCUUGCGUUUGAUCAGAAAAUACCCCCCCCCCCAAAAAA